AUGAUUCAGCAUCAUCAUCUUCUUAGAGCCAAACCAUAUUUUGUAUGCAGCUCAAAUCGUCGUAAGCCAAGCCAAAGAGAUGGUAGCAGCAGAACCAUGAAGCGUAUUAAAGUACGCUUUUUGGAGUUGGAUUUAAACGAGUUGCCUCGUGAUGAUGACACAGAAAAUGGUUUGACUCAUGUGGACGAUGGUGAUGCCAUCAUGACAACCCCAACAAUCGCUCACUCUCCUGAAAACACCAGCCAGAUUCUACAACUUACUCUACCAGAAGUAGCUCACUCUCCUGAAAAGACCAGCGGCGGUAUUCUACAAACUACUCAACCAGAAAGAGUCAAGUCUCCUGAAAAGACCAGUGGCGAUAUCACUCAACCAGAAAGAGCAAAGUCUUCUGAACAGCCUCGUUCUGGUGUUAAAAAAACUUAUAAGAGAAAAGUGAAAUCUUCCUCUAAGAGUAAGAUUACUCAAUCAGAAAUAUCUCAGUCGUCUUCUGAAAAGACCAGCUGCGAGAUGCUACAAGUUACUCAACCAGAAAUGGCUCAAUCUUCUGAAAAGACCAGCUGUGAGAUGCUAAAAGUUACUCAAUCGGAAGUACCUGAGUCUUCUAAACCUAAGGCGCCUCUUGAUUCCAAGGGAAAAGGGAAAUCUGCUGAGAAAAGCGUCAACAAGAGUCCAGAAAUGGCUCAAUCUCUUGAAAAGACCGGCUGCAACAUACUACAAAUUACUCAACCAGCAAUAGCCGAGUCUUCUAAACCUAAGGCGCCUCUUAAAUCUAAGGGAAAAAGCAAAUCUGCAGAGAAAAGCGUCAACAAGAGUCCAGCAAUGGCUCAGUCUUCCGGAAAGACCAGCUGCAGCAUUCUACAAAUUACUCAACCGGAAAUAGGCGAGUCUUCUGAACCUAAGGCGCUUCUUGACUCUAAGGGAGAAAAGAAAGCUCAAAAGCGGACCAUGUCUAAAAGAGUCAUCAAGAAGGGCAUUAACGAACGUCAGUUCAAUCACUCAAACUCAUCUCAGCCAAUGUCUUUGGAUAAAGUAAUGUCUGAUGAGGAUAGCGAAAAUGAAGCUUAUAGUGAUUCUGAUGAAAUUGAAGAACGCAUGAGGCUUGAUCAGUUGAAGGAUGUUAGCACAGAGGAUAAGCGUUUCAUGUUCCUUUGGAACUCAUUUGUUGGCAGGCAAAGGGUGCUUGCGGAUGGACAUAUUCCUUGGGCAUGUGAAGAGUUCACAAAACUUCAUCAGAAAGAGCUCAUCUAUUCUAUUACUAUGAGGUGGCAGUGGAGGCUAUUUAUGAUUAAACUGUGGAAGUAUGGUCUUGUCAGCGGCAAGACCAUCAACCACUGCAACGUCUUCCUUGAUAAAAAAGCAGCAGAAGCAGAAGCAGAAGAAGCAUCCGCCUCUCAAGCUCUUCUGCUGCUAAUGGAUUCUCCUGUACCCGGUGAAGACUGA